AUGGCCCCUUCAGACAAGGAGAUCGAGGCAACGCUUCUUGCAACAGUCCGCGAUGUCUUCAAGACGGAUAACGACAACCUCACCGUUAACUUCAUCCGCAAGCGCGUCGAAUCAGAUCUCGAAAUCGAAGAUGGGAUGCUCUCUUCAGGAAAAUGGAAGGACAAGAGCAAAAAGCUCAUCAAAGAGCUCGCCACCAGCCUCAUGGAGGGCAAUGCGGAAUCCGAUGUGGAAGUCAAACCCGAGGGAGACGAGGAGAAUGCGAAGCCGAAGAAAUCUGGCAAGCGUCAAGGGGCCGAGACAUCACCACCUGCCAAGCGUAGAAAGCGUGCCUCUGUCAAAGUAGAAGAUUCCGAGGCGAGCGCCUCUGAGGAGGGAAAGGCAGAGGCGAAACCAAAGAAAAGGGCAGCCUCGCGGAAGAAGAAGCAGGACACUCCUGUAAUCGACUCCGACUCUGACGAAGAGAGCCCGGUCAAGCCGAAGGCGUCUGAACCCACCAACGGACGUGCAAGCAAGGUUGAAGAGAGUGGCUCAGAUGCUUUGAGCUCGCCGCCUGACAGCGAGGACGAGAAGGAUGAGGAGAAGCUACAAAAAGAGAAACUCGAAGCAAAGAAAGAUGAUAAGUCAGCCGAAAAUCAGCCUCAGGCUUCCGACGACAAGAAGGCCGAGGAGCCGGCCGAUGACACGACUAGCGAGCUAUCCGACGUGAUAGACGAGCCACCAAAGCCGAAACGCAAGAAGAAGGAAGCCGGAGUUGGCAGCAAGACCAAGGCUAAGGCGACCAAGCAGAAGAAGGCACCUGCAGCCCCCGAGAGCCCUGACGAUGCAGAAAUCAAAAAGCUACAGUCCCACUUGGUCAAAUGCGGUAUUCGCAAGAUCUGGGGGUUUGAGUUGAAGCAGUACGGAGACGAUACCAAGGCCAAGAUGAGGCAUCUCAGAGGCAUGCUCAAAGACAUUGGAAUGGACGGUCGGUUUUCAGAAGCGAAAGCAAAAGAGAUCAAGGAGCGCAGAGAGUUGGAGGCGGACUUGGAAGCAGUUCAGGAGAUGAAUGCCAGCUGGGGCGCGGAAGGCAGAUCGUCUCGAAGCAAGGCGCGCGGACAGCCACCUCCCAAGAAGGCCAUGAAGGACGACGACUCUGAAGACGAGAACGACAAAGAAGACGACGGAGACGAUGAUGAGGAACAGGAGUCACACAUUCCGUCGCGGGCGCGGGGGAAGGCGCGAGCAGACCUGGCGUUUCUCGGCGACGACGACGAGGAAUCGGACUGA